AAAGAAAUUUCUUAUGGAGGAGGUCUGAUCUCUAAGGUCUUCUGUUGUGUAGUUUGGGGAAGACAUGAAAUCGAAGUUUAUAUUAAUUACCACAACAGUAAUAGCAAUAAUCUCUAUUAUUUUAUCAAAGAAAGUGUUUUUUGGACCACCCCACAUAGUUGGUUCUUAUGACAAGCUUCACAGUUGCGAGGUGAUCCAAGUCCCCGGAGGUUUUGGACCUGAAAGUAUUGCUUUCGAUCCCAAUGGAGAUGGACCCUACACUGGCGUCGCUGAUGGUCGCAUUCUCAAGUGGCAAGGGCUUGAUAUUGGCUGGACUGAGUUUGCCGUCACUACUUCUCAAAGGAAGGAGUGUGUUCGCCCAUUUGCACCAGAAAUGGAGCAUAUUUGUGGGAGGCCAUUAGGACUACGAUUUGAUAAGAAAACUGGAGAUCUCUACAUUGCUGAUGCCUACUUUGGCUUUCAAGUUGUAGGACCUGCAGGAGGUUUGGCAACACAACUAGUCACAGAAGCUGAAGGCCAGCUGUUCCGUUUCACCAAUGAUCUGGACAUUGAUGAAGAUGACGGUGUUAUUUACUUCACAGAUACAAGUACAAGUUUCCAGAGAAGACAAUUCAUGUCAUCAAUCCUGAGUGGAGACAAGACAGGCAGGCUGUUGAAAUACAAUAAAUCAAGCAAAGAAGUGACAGUGUUGUUACAAGACAUUCCCUUUGCAAAUGGUGUUGCAUUAAGCAAAGACCGAACUUUUGUACUGGUAGCCGAAACCACAAGUCGGAUUUUAAGAUUUUGGCUUCAGGGUCCUGACACUGGAAAGUUUGAUGUUUUUGCUGAGUUACCAGGAUUCCCAGACAAUAUCAGAAGAACUUCUAAUGGGGAUUUUUGGGUUGCCUUGCAUGCGAAGAAAGGACUUUCUGGAAAGAUUCUUUCAAAUCCAUGGUGUGGGAAGACAAUGUUAAAACUUCCUCUUAGCUUUAGGCAACUGCACUCAAUGUUAGUAGGAGGGAAGCCUCACGCAACUGCUAUUAAGCUUAGUGAAAAGGGAGAAGUUUUGGAAGUUUUGGAAGACAGUGAAGGAAAAACUUUGAGGUUUAUCAGUGAAGUUGAAGAGAAGGAUGGAAAGCUAUGGAUGGGAUCAGUGAUGGUCCCAUUUAUUGGCAUAUGCAAUUUUUAACAUAAAUGUACUUUAAUUAUUUGCUUGUAUUUUUAACAUAAAUUAUGUUUUCAAUGUUUGGAAUUUUGAUUUGAUUAAUAUCAAAAGUACACCUUACAAACUGAAUUUUGAUUAAUAUAUUGACAAAG